AUGGGAUCAAAUUGCUGUGGGGAUUACGUCGCUGCUUCGCCAGAGAUGGCAGUGACAGAGAGCGAAUCAAUCGCGUUGAGGCUUCUCUGCGUCGUCUUCAUCGUUCUCUUUUAUGGCUCGAUUUUUCUUCUCUGCUUCGUGAUGUACCCGAAGGUGCCGAAAGAAGCAAUCAGUGACGAGGAAUCCGGCGAUCCAUUGCCGCCGGCUGUUAGACUCACGCAGAAAGGCGUGAAAUGUAGCGACGGCGGCGAUGGUGACGGGAUCAGAGCAGAUUUAUGCGUUAUUUGUUUGGAGAAUUUCGAAGUAAACGACGUCGUUAGGGUUCUUGUGGGAUGUAAGCAUGUGUUUCAUGUGCAGUGUAUAGACUCGUGGUGUUUCUAUAAGCUGACGUGUCCGGUUUGCAGAGCACCGUUCCAGUGGUUCAGUGAUUGGUAA